AUGCUGGUGGUGCUGGGUUGGUCGCGGUGGCGGGGGACUGGUGUCAGCGGUAGCGGGUUUAAGUUGGUGGCUCGAGCAGACUCAGGCGUCGGCGGAGGGUAUGGCGUCAGAUGCAACGGUCGACGGGACUGGGAGCACUGCCGCCUGCGGUGCGACAGAGAUGGUGGUUGUAUGCCGGAGACGGCUGAAAGAAGCUGCGGGUAUUCCUCUAUUUGGCCCCUGCAAACUCUUGGUUUGGUUCUGGUGGAGUUGAUAGGAUUAAUAAACAAACUUGGGCGGUUGUGCCUUGCACAGCACUACCCUCCUAAUGUCUCGAGAAUCCUCUCGGACUCUCAAUUCUCAUUUUCCCAAACCCUAAAAAGCAGACUACACACUGUUCAGCUCCUCUCGCCGCCGCCCCACUCGCAGAAAACGAUUCUUCUCGACUCUACCACACCCUGUUCGAACAACGAUGGUGAUGAUUAA